AUAGGCCACAAUUAUAUUGCCAGGAAGUGUAUAUAAGGGCCCCACAGCACCCUGACACAUCACACUUUAUAGUCCAGCUGACCAGGAACAAGCACCAGUGACAUAUACAUAAUCCAGCUCAAUUUGAGCCAGCGUGAAAUCUUCUGAAACUAGACUUGGUGUUGGAGUGUGUAUUCUGACUUUGUCACUAAGGUAUACAGGGACAAUGUAUUGGUCAGCAGUGUUUGUGUUUGUUCUUGGACCUAUGUCAGUACUGACCCUGCCCACCACCACUGAAGCCUCUACUGACCCCCCAGCUGUGACCAACCCCACCGCACCUUCAGUGCCCCUACCCCCGGGGGAACUGGAACUCAUCCUGGACACCCUAUUGACUCAGGUAGACAGACACAACACAUGGCUGGAGACACUUCAAGACGACGUCUACAGUCUUGGUGAUUCUGUGGAAUUACAUUCACUUGAUCUUCAGAAACUUAAAAAGAAAUUCCACAAGAUUUACAAGGGUAAAAAAUCUUCCAAGCAUAGCAGUGAGGAAAGCAUAGAAUCAGAUGAAAACCUGAUAGAUUCAUUAUCAUUUGAUGACCUGUCAUGGGACGAAAGUGAGAGUGAAUCAUCACAAGAUUCCUCUAAUGCUAUUAACGAUGAGGAAGAUUUAGAACUCUUCAAAGAGAAGGAGAAUGAGUUCAUAGAGAAAUACCGUACAAAUGGCGACAAUAGAGGCAGGGGCCAGGGAGGACAUCCACAGGGGAGUAAAUGGAGGGACAAUGAGGAAACUGAGGAAGAGGAAGAAACAGAAAGACAAGGAAACAAUGGGCGGCGGGGAGGACAUUCGGAGGGGAGUAAACAGAGGGACAGUGAUCAUGAGGAAACUGAGGAAACUGAGGAAGAAAGAGAAACAGAGAGACAUGGAAACAAUGGGCAGCACAACAACAGAGGGUGGGGUUGGAACUGGGGAGGACAUGCAAAGGGGAGGAAAUGGAGGGACAGUGAGGAAACUGAGGAAGAAACAGAGAGACACGGAAACAAUGGGUGGCACCAUAACAGAGGGAGGGGAAGCUACAGGAGGGAGGAUGUGGACAACACCGAGGAACACAGUAGUUCACAUGGCAGUGAUGAGAGUCAUGAUCACUCAUAGACAGUCAUAGUGACAGUGACAAACACGGUGAAGAGUAUUACUCUAAGUAACAAUAUGUCUAAUAUACGUGUAUGUACCAACAUAUUCAAUUGAUCUGUAAUUAAAUUAUGAUAGCAGUUAAAAUUCCUAAGGGAUACGUUUAUCUUCAGUUACAUAUCUCUGUAUCUUGGUAAGUGUUCACAAUCCAUUAUUUCAGAAUUUGUAAGUCUUUCAUAAUUUAAAUUAACCUUUUAACAAACUUGAAAAACAUUCAUGUAAAAUAAUAUUUUCAAUUGUUGUCUAAAAAUUAAAACCUAUCUGUGGAAAAUAUUCUUUGAA